AUGAACCAGUCCAUCGGCGGAACAAGGAUACCUGUUCUGCUGCUCAAAACUAGAUCAAAGCCGACCGAUGGAUACUUGGAGUGUUUGGCGUCCGUUGAGGGCGGUCGGUACGAGCCGGCGUUUAUCCCCGUACUCGAACACCGCUUCAAGCAAGAUUCGCUCGAAGAAGUCCGCACUCUGAUAGAACGGGGCGGAUUCAACAGUCACAGUGUGAACGCUCGAUAUGGAGGGAUCAUCUUUACCUCCCAGCGGGCAGUUGAGGCCUUUACGAGAGUGAUCGAGGAUCUUCAAGCAGCCUCCAUUUGCAUUGAUGAGCUAUUACCUUCAAGCACGCCGCUGUAUGCUGUUGGACCUGCAACUGCUAGUAGUCUGCGAGCCCUCAAUCUGCGAUGCCCUAUCCUAGGUGAAGAGAGCGGUAACGGGGAGGCUUUGGCGCACUUCAUUCUACAGCACUACAAUCAAAACCACCUCGAUCACCAUCCUGGACCCGAGAGAAAACUUCCAUUGCUAUUCUUGGUCGGAGAGCAGAGACGGGACAUCAUACCCAAGACUCUACAGUUGGAUGAGCACGUACCCGCGGCGAGAAUAGCAGUCACCGAGUUAGUGGUCUACGAAACUGGAGAGAUGCAAUCGUUCCAACCCGAGUUCUCUCAAGCCUGGAGAACGAAUCAGAAUAGGGGAGCAUACUGUCAGUGGGUCGUGGUCUUUUCCCCAACCGGCUGCAGAGCUAUGCUUACGAGCCUGGAGUUGCUGGACGAAGAGACUGGGAGGAUAAAAAAUAAUCAGAACCCUGAACCGGACACCUCGAAGCCGCUGUCCAAGGCCUUCAUAGCGACCAUAGGCCCUACAACACGAGACUACUUGUUGAAGGAAUUCGGGCUCAGGCCUGACGUCUGCGCAGCGAACCCAAGCCCCGAAGGCGUAUGGGCGGCUAUCAGAACCUAUAUGGAGAAGGCCGAGAUAUGUGAAGAGACCUAA